AUGAAACAGAAAAUAAAGUUGAGAAUAUUAAGUUUAAACUUUAAAGACUUUAUUUCAGCAGAAUUUACAAAAUUUCAAAAAAAUCGUCACCUCAACUUGAUGAACCAAUUAACGCAUUAUGAAAUAUUAGUUGUUAGUGUUAACGUGUUCAACUAUUUAAAUACAGACUCUCGCCCAAAUAAACGUUUUAAUGUCAAACGAAAAUUUUUGGUCUGCUUUUGUUGUCACAUUUUCGUCUCAUUGUUGAUUCUCCAGUACAAAAAAAAAGUUCAACUAAGAAUGUCGACUUUCAUCACUAAUGACACACAAAUAUCAGAAGCAAUUAAGACAGUUAGCAGAGAAAAUGAAGCAAAGUAA